CGAAAUUUCUGUCAUCCUCAAACAACUAACACCCUGAAUUUUCACCUCACAAAUUAACCUGAACUCCAUUUUAUCUCUCAUGGAAGAAAAACUCAUCUCUCUCUGGGUUUUCCUUCUACUCCUAAAUCCAGUAAAACCUGAUCUAGCCACAUCCUUGUUGGACGAGUUCAGCGGCGGGUUCAGUGCUGCAGGCAACAACUUGAGCUUAGACGGAAUUGCAGCGGUUGAGAACAGUGGCGUACUUCGGCUGACAGACUACCCCACGACCUUGGCAAUGGGCCACGCGUUUUAUUCACACCCAAUCCAAUUCAAGAACUCCAGCGGCGAAGUCAUGUCCUUCUCCACCUCCUUCGCUUUCGCUAUAAUUCCCCAGCCUGGGAAACAAGGUGGCGAUGGCCUCGCUUUCGCAAUCUCUCCCGUUAAAGGGCUUCCUGGGGGUAGGCGAGGCUCUUAUCUUGGCCUGUUCAACGCCAGCAAUAAUGGGAACUUCUCCAACCACAUAUUGGCGGUCGAAUUCGACACUUACAUGAGCGACCAGUACGGUGAGACCGAUGGCAACCAUGUUGCUGUCGACGUCAAUAGCAUAAGAUCGAUCAAAUCUGUUCCGGCAAUGCAAUUUAAGGGUAAUGAUACGAACGGGGUACCCCUUAAUUUGAGCAGUGGUCAGGUAAUUCAGGCCUGGAUCGAUUAUAAUUCGCCAACAAAUCAGUUAGAUGUCAGGCUUUCGACGGACUCUGCUAAACCCAGUUCUAUACUUUUGUCCUCUGAAGUGAACCUCUCACAAAUUCUUAAUCAAUCCAUGUACAUCGGGUUUUCUGGUGCUACUGGCUUAGCAUCGAGCUCACAUUAUAUCCUGGGUUGGAGCUUCAACAUGAAUGGAGAAGCUAAAUCUCUCAAUUUAGAGCAACUUCCUAAGCUCGAGCUCCCCAGUACUGCCACUGGGACAAAAAAGAACCGAACAGGCCUAAUUGUUGGCGUCUCAGUUUCAGGUGCUUUGGCUGUCAUUUUGGUGAUUGCUUUGGCGUUUUACAUCGUCAGGAGGAAAAAGAAGGCUGAUGCGGUUGAGGACUGGGAGCAUGAUAUUGGUCCGCAUAGAUUUUCUUACAAGGAGCUGAAGAAAGCAACAAGGGGUUUCAAAGAGAAAGAGCUACUUGGAUCUGGUGGGUUCGGUCGAGUUUACAAAGGAACUCUGCCAAACCCAGACACCCAUGUUGCUGUUAAGCGUAUUUCCCAACAUUCAAAACAGGGCUUGCAAGCGUUUAUAGCGGAGGUAUCUACUAUUGGCCGUCUUCGUCAUAGAAGUUUGGUUCAAUUAUUGGGUUGGUGUCGUCGGGAUGCUGAUCUACUGCUUGUGUAUGAAUUCAUGCCUAAUGGAAGCUUGGACAAGCACCUCUUUGAUGAGCCCCAAUCAAUCGUGAGCUGGGAACAAAGGUUCAAGAUCAUCAAAGGAGUGGCUUCAGGGCUUCUAUACUUACACGAGGGGUGGGAAAAAACUGUAGUUCACAGAGACAUCAAGGCCGGAAAUAUUUUGUUGGAUUCCGAGUUCAAUGCAAGGCUGAGCGAUUUUGGUCUUGCUAAGCUAUACGAGCACGGCUCCAACCCAAGCACCACCAGGGUGGUGGGGACGCUGGGGUAUAUGGCACCUGAGCUGACGCGCACAAGCAAGCCGACGACCAGCUCGGAUGUGUACGCCUUUGGCGCUUUGCUGCUGGAAGUGGUUUGCGGUAGAAGACCCAUUAAUCCUACAGCAUCGUCUGAGGAGCUCAUCAUGCUGGUGGACUGGGUUUGGGGGAAGUGGGCGGUAGGAGCAGUACUUGAUGUUGUAGAUCCGAGGAUGGAAGGGAAGUAUGAUGAGCUUGAGGCUCUUUUGGUGCUCAAACUGGGGUUGCUUUGUUCAAACGAUGAAGCCGAGGUACGCCCCACGAUGAGGUUGGUGGUGAGGUACUUGGAGGGCGAGCUGGAGCUGCCGGAGGACGUGGCGAUGCCAAAUAAGAAAAAAGGUGCUGCUGCUGCUGGUCGUCAUACUGUUGAGUUUCAGGAUUAUUCGGAAUCCAUUCCGACUACAUCAUCUGUGUAUGACGUUUAUGGUAGGUAGAAGGCUACUGUACUUUUUUCUUUUUCUCUUAACAGCAGCUAAGCAAGUCCUAUAUAUAUUCGGAUU